GCCCAGUGCGGGCGCAGCGGCCCCGGCCCUGGGAGCGCCCCGGCGGAGCGGGCGGCCGGCCGGGCGCGGAGGGGAACCAAGCGGGCCCCCCGGAGUGGACGAGCGCCGGGGCCGGAUCCGCGGCAGCGGGGCUGCGGGGGUCCUUCAUGAUGAGAGAUUUUGAGGUACUUCUCUCUCUGUGUAGCUGAUAGUCUGGGUGGUGAGGAGAUGGCUGACAGUGUCAAAACCUUUCUCCAGGACCUUGGCAGGGGAAUCAAAGACUCCAUCUGGGGUAUUUGUACCAUCUCAAAGCUAGAUGCGCGAAUCCAACAGAAGAGAGAGGAACAGCGGCGAAGAAGGGCAAGUAGUGUCCUGGCCCAGAGGAGAGCCCAGAGUAUAGAGCGGAAGCAAGAGAGUGAGCCACGCAUUGUCAGUAGAAUUUUCCAAUGCUGUGCUUGGAAUGGUGGAGUGUUCUGGUUCAGUCUUCUCUUGUUUUAUCGAGUCUUUAUUCCUGUGCUCCAGUCAGUAACAGCCCGAAUUAUUGGUGAUCCAUCACUACAUGGAGAUGUUUGGUCAUGGCUGGAGUUCUUCCUCACAUCAAUCUUCAGUGCUCUUUGGGUGCUCCCCCUGUUUGUGCUUAGCAAAGUUGUGAAUGCCAUUUGGUUUCAGGAUAUUGCUGACCUGGCAUUUGAGGUAUCAGGGAGGAAGCCUCAUCCAUUCCCUAGUGUCAGCAAAAUCAUCGCUGAUAUGCUCUUCAACCUUUUGCUGCAGGCUCUCUUCCUUAUUCAGGGGAUGUUUGUGAGUCUCUUUCCCAUUCAUCUUGUUGGUCAGCUGGUUAGUCUGCUGCAUAUGUCCCUUCUCUACUCACUGUACUGCUUUGAAUAUCGUUGGUUCAAUAAAGGAAUUGAAAUGCACCAGCGAUUGUCAAACAUAGAACGGAACUGGCCUUACUACUUUGGAUUUGGUUUGCCCUUGGCUUUCCUCACAGCAAUGCAGUCCUCAUACAUUAUUAGUGGCUGCCUCUUCUCUAUCCUCUUUCCUUUAUUCAUUAUCAGCGCCAAUGAAGCAAAGACCCCUGGAAAAGCAUACCUUUUCCAGUUGCGCCUUUUCUCCUUGGUGGUCUUCUUAAGCAACAGACUCUUCCACAAGACAGUCUACCUGCAGUCUGCCCUGAGCAGCUCAACCUCUGCAGAGAAGUUUCCUUCACCUCAUCCAUCUCCUGCCAAACUGAAGGCUGCUGUAGGCCACUGAGUCACCUGCUGUUCAGAAGGGAUGGGUGGGAUUGGAUGGAAGCCGUGGCAGCUCUUUUUUCUCUGUUCUCCUCCCCCUGCCAGGGAAGGCAGGACCCACUCUGCCAAGGGCCCUCUGCAUAGUCUCUUCUGUUUGUGGAGUUUGAAUUUUUGUCUCUGGUGCAUAUAGGGCAGAAUCUUCUUGACACCAGUAUGUGGAUUUUUACCACCAUCGUGAGUCUGAAAGGACCACAGCUAUUUUCUAGCAUUUGCCAGCCCCUGUGCCUGGAUGAUUUGAAUACUUCAUUUUCCUGUCUGUGCCAUUUACCCUCCCACCUUUCCUUCCUGCCUUCCAGCACCCUUGGAUGAAUGGGUUUUGUAAUUCUAGCUGUUGUAUUUUGUGGAUUUGUUGUUUUUGUUGUUUUUCUGUGAAGCACAUAUAUUGGAUGUGGGAGGUAUAGGAGCAUCUCAGUUGCUCCUAGAUACUUCUUUUAUAGCCAUCACUGUCUUGUUUCUUGUAACUCAGGUUAGGUUUUGGUCUCUCUUGCUCUACUGCAAAAAAGAAA